AUUGCGCAAGCACUUGUCAAUCACAAGUGCUGAUUUCCGACUUUUACAAAUGAUUUACACAUUUAUUGGCCUUGGAGGGUUUUUGAUAUGUUAAAAAAAUACAGGGUGUUGUCAGGUUACAUACGUAGUCGCAGGACACGUCAGGUUUCAGGUGAAAACAUUUGGCGGGAGCUAAAUACAUCGAGUUUAAUCCCCAUAUCGCAGUCGGCGUACAUUGCUUCCGGGUGUGUGAGCGGCAGAGUUUAUCUUAUCACCAAGAACAAGUGCAGUCCCACAUGAGCUUGUUCCCUUGUACCGGAACUCCCAACAUACGGCUUAUCCAACAUGCUCUUGCGUGACUUCACGUCGGCGUUGAUCGCCGCUGCUGAGAAAGGAGCCAAAGUAGCUAGGAUCGUGCGAGCCGAGAACACCCUCCUUCAGUUGUUGGUUCAAGAAAAAGAGGGGAAAGAAAAGAAUGAUAGAUUUGUCCAGGAUUUCAAGACACUUGCAGACGUACUUAUUCAGGAGAUGGUCCGCCAUGACUUGAGCUUAAAGUUCCCAGGUCUGGAGGAGAAUGUGUAUGGUGAAGAGAGCAACUGUUUCACCAACACAGCAGGGAAGUCUGUGGUUGUGCAGCUAUGCCCGACACCACAAGAAACAGCCUCUUCACUUAAGGAAGUGCUAGAUGGAAACGAGAAAGCAGCGGCCAUAUUGUCGGAGGCUCUUCACGAGGAUGUAGAGGCUACUGUGGACGCCACGCUCGAGUCUCAGGAACAGGAAGUAGCAGUAGACGAUGUGGGCAUCUGGAUAGACCCUAUUGAUUCCACAGCUCAGUUCAUUCGUGGCCAGUCUGGAGCUCCGAACAACGAAGGCAUUGUUGAUGAGGGCCUACAGUGUGUCACUGUUCUCAUUGGUGCUUUUGAUAAACAGUCCGGCCAACCAAUAGCUGGAGUUUGUGUCCAGCCCUUUGCAUUAUGGGAUACCAAAACACUGCAAUGGUUGCACAACACAACCUGGUCUGUGUGUUACAAAGACGUCCGUCUGUCCUCCAUCACGCCAUCCAAGUCCCACAAACACAGCAUCAUCAUCAGCUCCAGCGAGUCCGACGCCGUCAAACAAAAACUGUCCAAGAAGUUCACACUGUUUUCCGCCGCGGGUGCGGGCUACAAGAUACUGAGUGCGGCGUGGGGCCACGUGGAUGGCUAUGUGUUGAGCCGGCCGACCAUCUACAAGUGGGACUGCUGUGCCCCUCACGCUGUGCUUUUGUCCCUCGGGGGAGGGAUCGUCCCGUACACGGAUCUCGACACAGAUCUCGACACGAUUAAGGGUGCGGAUCAGCCACACCAACUUCAGUACCAGUUUUCUUCCAACGAAGGUGGCAAUGCCGUCCCUGGCGUCAUCGCUUACCGAACAAAGGAUGUUUUAUCUGACAUCAUACACUGUCUUAAAAAUGGAACAUGACCGAACAUGGUCUUUUAGCUAUUUGUUGAUUAUGCCAUCAGCAGGGGGUAUUAUUUUUUUAUUUGUUUGAUCGCAGAUAUUUUUGGUCAAAGAAAGAAGAAUUAAAAAAUACAUCACUCAAUUCAAUAUCGAUUAGGUCUGGCACCAAUGCUUAGGUUAAAUGAUGAAUUUGUCAUCUUUUGUGCCAUCAUCAGCUGGCAUGCUUAUGUAUCAAAAAAAAGGGACAUAACUCUAGAUCUGUUAUUCAAGGAAUUUCCCAAUUUCCCUACGACUCGUCGUCUGAACAAUUUGGUGAAAAAAUUAUGUCACAUUGAGCAUCAUGAGUUUUAUAGAUAAUUGUUUUAGAAACACUUGAGUAAUCUCAAAAUAUAUUUGUGUGUUUGACAUGCCGGCGAAAAAAUAAAAAGUGUAAAUUAUGAUUAUUAUUAUUUUAAGUUUUGAAGAAAACAGUAUCUGCAUGUCUGUGAUUCAACAAAUAAAAAAAUAAUGGCCUUGGCUGUAGCAGGAAUUUUAUCCGAAUCAGUCAAGUUUUGAUCCUGCCCAGUGAUAAUGUCAGUGCUAUAAGAUGGCAGGUGUAUUUCUACUGUUGAGGGGGAAAUUGUCCGAGUUGGAACUGAUAAUGGUUUUACAGGAUGCAGAAUAUUUCAUCCUGUAUGCAGACACAUUGGGGGCAAGAAAGUAUCAUUGUGUUCAUUCUCAUGUAAAUCAUAACGCCGUCCUGGCUACCGCUUAUUAAAGAUAUUACGGGUCACGUCUGAACAACCUUUCAUCUGACCAAUCAGAGCGUCGGUUACCACAUUGGGAAAGUGACAGUUGGCAGGCGUUUUCUGAUCAUGCAACCUCGGAGAAUUCUGAAUGACACCGAACUGAUUCCUUCAAAAAUGUCGUCUGUCUCUUACUUCAAUAGGCGAACCAUUUCAAAGGGAAGACUUUCCACAGCCCAUGGGAAGUCCUGCCAUACAAUUUAGACUCUGUUAGACAUUCCAGAAUUUUUUUUGCUCAUUUUUCAAAUUUUGAAUCCAAUAAGAAUAUUUGUAUUAAAGCAUAGUCUGAAAUGGAAGUUGACAGUUUGAAACUAGUGGCGUAACGCUCAAGAAAGCUGAUUCCUGAUUGGCUUAUGAAAACUUCUUGACAGUCGUUUCAUUGGUCAGUCAAAGAUCGCAAAAUGUCAUUCUGAUGUGACCAGUAUUGGAAUUUCCUCAGAUCUUUUUCCAGCUGUUGCGAGAACUAAGAUCUGAUUACAAUGAAAUUGGAUUGUAUUAAUCCUGAAACUUAUUAGAAAUGUAGAUUGCAUGACACUGAUAUUUCUUCAGGGUGUCGGUGGUUGACUUUCUUGGAACUGAUUUUCCAAUCCCCUUCUGUAACAGGCGUAAGGUGUCUGAGCAUGUGAAAUAAUGCAAGAGAAAAACAAACUUGGAAAUCUGUUAAGGGAGGCGGAGUAGCUGAGUGGUUAAAGCCUUCAAUCAUCAUGCCAAAGUUUGAUUCCCGACAAUGUGUGGUCAUUUCAUGACAUUGAUGGAAUAUUGCUGCUCCCUCACUCACUCUCUCACUCAUGGGUAAAUAGUACUUUCAUUUUGACCAUAUAUACAGGGAUGCAAAGUAAUGUUCCUAUACACAUACAAAUUACGAAUGGUGCAAAUAUUAUCCACUGCGAGACCCAUUGAACGAGAAAGAUUGCAGAUUUUAAAUGAUUGAAACUUCUUCAAAUGAAGCAUUAAACUACUAAAUAACACCCAAUUCUUUCACAUUACUAUAGUUAAUCUUCCACACCAUGACAGAUUAAACAGUAGUAUGAAAGAAUUGUGUUCCUUAACUAUUUUGAGUAGUAUUUUAGACAGUGUGAUAUUCCCUUCUGUAAGUCCCGAUACCAACUCGUGCUCGUCACAAUACUAUGUUACAUGUGGCAUGAUAUUGACCAGCAGUGACAAAUGACAUUUGGAUGAUAUUGUAUUCAAGACUAGUUGAGUCUUCCUCAGAAACUAACAUUGAGAAUGAAGAGGAUGUAUGGUACCACUAACACUAAAGUAAAAAUGUUUUUUUAUUUGAUCAUUUGAGGUUGGAGGUGUUUUUAGCUUUGGGAUCGGUGGUGAACAUUUCUGGUUUGGGUGAAGGCGAUGGACCAUUGUCAUUGUCAGUAGAUGAACCAUGACCAUGACCCCCCCCCCCCCCUUUGAAAACCAAAUGAGUAUGUUAUAGACACUCCUCCACACUCAACACUCAACACUCCCCACCCCAACCCCCCCAACCCACUGAGAGAGGAUUAUUUUAGACAUUUUUGAACCCUCCCUUUUACAAAUGCAGGAUCCGCCCCUGGAGGGUCAGCUGAACACACUGGAAACAAAAACAUAAUACUUAUGAUUAUAUAUGUUGUUGAAUAUUUGAACUUAUUAUUGUUGAUUUUUUUGUACUGUUACCCACAUUCAUAAGCGCCAAAUCCUUUAGCAUAUAUUUAAAUUAUAUAUAUCUGUAUCCUACUGCUUCCUUUGUACCACCUAUUGUAUAUUCUACAGAUUGAAUUGGUAUGAAGUGAAACAUUUAUUUAUAUUGUUAUAUAUUUCUGUUGAUUAUGUUAACUGUGAGCUAAUUUUGUUUGUUUAUAUUUUGUGUUACUGUAAUUUAGAAGUAUGAAGGCCUCAUCAGCAUUUUAUUCUUUAAAAAAAAGAAAUAUAUUUGCUACUCUGUUUACUUCACUCACAAAAAGAUUGUCCUCUUAGUAAAGGUGAGCUUCGGUACCUGUCAUAAUAGGGUUGACUCCAAACAACACUGGCCACCUGCCAAUAGCUGUGAGACUCACUUGGCCCAUAAGGUCAUUUAUCAUCCAAAACUGGCUCCCAGAGGAGAUAUGCUUGGGUGAGAUCAAGCGAUAUCUACAUUGUAGAUAUCGCUGCAAUGAAAUUGCAUCGCAAUGCUUUGCAGACCAUUGUGACGUCAUUGGUUACCAUGAUGUCACAAUCAAAUGACAUCACUAAUGGCUCUACUACUGAAGCUGUUAGCAUACCUUUUACACUAAGACACUGCCUAUUACUGUCUACAAACUGAAAAAGUUGGAAGAAUGAUGCUGGAUGAUAAAUAAAAUCUCACCCUGAGCAAGCCUCGGAGUUUUUCCACUUUUAUCCACUUGUGUUGAUAUAUUUUAUAUCAAAAGACACUCAUGUGAGAUCCUCUAUGUACAUUUAAAACAUCAGAAUAAAGAAAACAAUAUGGCCGCCAGGUGGCCAUCUUUAUUUCAAGAUUUCAGCAGUAGUUGGAGAUGGGACAUGGUGAGCUACAGUCCUUAGGCUUAAUUAUGACAUUGUCUUUCAACGAAUUAUUUCAUUUUGUCAGUUUGAUAUAUUAUAUAUAAAUGGCAUAUGUUGAUUACAAGGACAAUAAACUGUGAUUACUUGUUACCAGGGACCAUUAUUUAAUGCAUUUUAGCAUCAACAUUAUUGCUGAUAUUUGUUUCCGUAACCAUUGUAACACCUGUAGCCUUAAUCCAAGCUUUGCAAAGUCGAUGUCGGAAGGUGCUUCAGUCACAUUAUAAAGUUGAUAGAAAUUGUCCUGAAUAUGGCAAUUUAUGUGUGUCGGUGAUAUGUUAUUUGUCUUUUGUGUCCAGUCAAGAGACUAUGUCUAAUCUGUUCUCACCGCCAAAAGAAAACGCGAACCAUAGAAACAUAUAGAGAAGUAUGAACAUUAAGAAAUGUUUCCAAAGUGUACCAAUUGAUAAAAAAACUAACAAUCAGUCAAGUGUUAUCACAGAGUGUCUUUAUUUUUAUCACGAUAUGCUUCUCAUGAUUUCCAAACUUU